UAAUUUCACUAUUGACAGUUAAAAGUUUUUAAGUUUUACUAAAAUAAGCAGCCAGAAGUUUCCCAAGCAGCAAACAUAAAAGUUUCAUUAAUGGCAACGUCAUUGACAUUUUAGAAUUUAAGAAGAAUCUGUUUUACCUCACUUUAAAGUGCAGUAUUAAUAAUUUCAUAAUGAGUUGUGAAGAGUUACAAGAGGAAGAAUUUGAAGUUUUAUCCUCGAUAUAUGAUGGAGAUCUGAAUUUCAAACAAAUUUCUAAAACUUGUUACCAGUACAAAAUAGGAACUGAUGAUGAUCCUAAGUCCUUUUUACUAGAAGUCCUAUGGGUUGAACAAUAUCCAAAUGUUCCUCCAAAGAUAAAUUUAGAUGCAUUUUACAAUAAGAAAUUAGUUCCAGAUGUAAAACAGAAAAUUAUAUCUGAACUACUAAAUCAGGCUGAUAUGUGGCUUGGAACGGCUAUGACUUACACUUUAUUUGAAUAUGCUAAAGAUAAUGCUGAAGAGCUAACUAAAUUUCAACCCGAUACUGUUGUUUUACCUGAAAGCACACCAUUUAUAGAAGAGAAGAAUGUUAUUGUGAAUGAAGAGACGGUUUCUUCUUCCAAGAAAGAAAAAAAACCAAAAUUAAGUAAACAACAGAAAAGGAAAUUAGCAGAGAAACUAGAUGCUAAAGGAGAACGUCCUAGAGGCUGGGAUUGGGUGGAUAUUGUCAAACAUUUGAGCCAAAUAGGACCAAAGCCAACUACGAAUGAUGCAACAUCUUAACAUUUUAAUGUUCAUAGUGCCAAACGUGUACAUUCAUAUCAUAAAUUAUAUUUUUAAAAAUAUCUGUUAAAUAAAUUAUAUUAAGAUAUUA